UGUGCAAUGAUUUCAAAGGAUCUUCCUUGAGCGGGUUGAUUUUACACUGUUGCAAUUUUCCCAAGUUAUACCGGCAGUAUGUCACUGACAGUUAAGUGUCAAGAAGAAAACACACCAAAAUCACAUAGCCCACAUGACUUACGUCAACAUGACUAGUAAUGAAGAAAUCUUCCGUGGGCAUUCAAUUUUUUGGGGCUACGGCUUGAUUAUGUUUCUCAUCCUUCUAUUCGGUUUCUUCGGAAAUUUGUUCACCAUAAUUGUCCUUCGACACCAGGAACACCGCAAGAAAAGCAUCACUCCAUUAAUGGUGAAUCUGGCCGUAGCAGACCUCAUGAUUGUCGUGUUAGGCUACCCACCAGUUAUCAACACAAACAUAUCAGGUCAAAUGAUGCGCGCAGGAGGAAUUGUUUGUAUCUAUUCCGGCUUUAUCAACGGCAUGACGGGAAUUACAUCCAUUGGUACUCUCACAGCAAUGAGUGGUGUAGUGUAUCAAACUAUCAAGCGAAACAACCCAAAUUACUCCGUUUCUAGAAGAAAAAACAUAGUCCUCAUUGCGGGCACAUGGCUUUAUGGAAUCGUCGCCUUGCUUCCUCCGUCGGUAGGAUGGAACCGGUUUGUGCCCGGCAAGGCCGGUGUUAGCUGCGCACCUGAUUGGACAACUCAGGACCUUGUGAGCACCUUGUAUAUCGUUCUGUUAGUCACUGGUGGCUUCUUGAUACCGUUUAUACUGAUAACAACGUUCCUAACCAAGACUCUCAGAUUGCUCAAACGCUUUCCUGUGCCCUUUGAUCCUUUUAUCCUCGCGCAACGCAGAAGAUACCAACAAAGAACACUGUUAAUGAUCACAGCAACUAUGGGGGCCUUCUUGUUGAGCUGGUCACCGUAUUGCAUCGUCAGCUUCGCGGCAACUAUCAAAGGACACCAUAUACUCACACCAGGGGAGGCAGAAAUCCCUGAGCUGAUGGCCAAGGCCUCUGUUGUCUACAAUCCAAUCAUUUAUAUGAUUAUGAAUGAAAGAUUUCGGCGGACACUCCGGCGAACCAUCACCGGUAAUAAAACGCCGAUAGUGGCUCCUGACCAAGCAACAGAUCAUAACUUUAUCGUGUCAAUGCCUAGAAACAUUGGGAGAGAAAAUAAUCUCAAUAUUACAACCACGGCAGAGAUAUCCACUUAUUUGAAUGUAAAUUCAUAG